GUACAACCGCACCUUGCGAAACAUUUGAUGGAAUGGUCGAUGCUUCGUACAUCAAACAGAGAGAUGUUCUCAUAAAUAACCAGCGAGUUACUGAAGAUGAAAUAAAUGGACUAAGACCAGAUAAUCAAGAAUCAUAUACGGCUGAGUCGGGAGAGAACACCGUCGAUAUAACUAUUGAUAUUCCUGGUGAAGCAUCCGAGAUGGGAAACGUGACCAUCAAAGACUCUUCUUUGGUUGAAUAUUUUGAAGUGUUCUACAAAGGACCUAAUGAUGAUAAUUUCAAACCAUUUAAUCCUGAUGAAUCAAAUCCAACUGAGCCAAAG